AGUCCAAAGCGACAGAUGCUGAUGGAUUUCGAUUUAAUAUUCCUGUUGGAUUGAGAAGGACUCCUUCUCCGGAUCCAAGUGAAAGCGAAGAUUCAGAUAGCGAAAGUGUCCCUAAGUCUCCCGUUGUGUCCCUUAUGACCUUCUCGAGUUUCGAUGGAGAUAAAGAUAUCAGCAAGUACAAACGACUUCUUGAGAGAGAUCGUAUUGACAUGAAAUCGUUGCGGACCUUGGCAUGGAAUGGAAUCCCUUCUGUGUAUCGCGCCGUGACAUGGAAACUCCUGCUGGGCUACCUCCCCUCGAUUCGAAGUCGUCAGAAUGCGAUCAUCCAGCGAAAGCGUCGUGAGUACUUCGAGUACAUUCCGCGUCUCUUCGAUGUCCCCGACAGCGAGCGCACCGAAGAAGAGCUCGCGACUCUUCACCAAAUCUCCGUCGAUGUUCCUCGAACGGCCUGCAGCUCCAUCGUCCUGAAGAACGAGGACAUCCAGAAGAGAUUGAAACGCCUUCUGUACAUCUGGGCGAACCGGCAUCCUGCAUGCGGCUACGUGCAAGGAAUCAACGAUUUGUGCAUUCCCUUCCUGGUGACUUUUUUGAACGACCGCUAUCCAGGCUUGCUUUUAGAGUCGUUUUUGAUAGGCAGAUCAAAUCGGAGAACUGAAUUGGAGCGAAGUGGACUCGACGUUCCUCGACGAGAUCGAAGCGGACACGUACUACUGCAUCUCGCGGCUCUUGGACGGGAUUCAGGACCACUACACGACGGACCAGCCGGGCAUUCAGCGCAUGGUGAAGAAGCUGGAGGAUUUGGUGCGUCGAACGGACGCCGACUUGUAUAAUCACAUUCAAGAGGAAGGCCUGAUGUUCCUUCAGUUCGCCUUCCGCUAUAUGAAUUGUUUGUUGAUCCGAGAGUUGAGCAUGAAGACGAUCGUUCGCUUGUGGGAUACGUAUCUGAGCGAAUCGAACGGGUUUGAUGUGUUCCAUGUCUAUGUGUGUGCUAUCUUUCUGAAGCUCUCGCAUGACGAAUUGAUGGAGAAGG